CAUCUCUCUCUCUCUCUCUCUCUCUCUCUGAUCGUCCGAUGGCGGCCAUGGACACCGACAUCAACAUGGUCCCCGCCGGCGAGGGUUCAAGCGGUGCUGGUCCGUCUUCGUCGGUAGCGAAGAAGCCCAAGAGGUUCGAGAUCAAGAAGUGGAACGCUGUCGCGCUCUGGGCUUGGGGUAUGCCGACUCGAAACCCUAGGAUCAGUCAUUUGGCUUUCAUUACCCCACCAUUGAGGGUUAGGGUAUUUUGGUUGAAGAUCUCUGAUCUUAUUUUCUUUGUUUUUUCUUGUUUCGAUGCAGAUAUCGUCGUGGAUAACUGUGCGAUUUGCCGGAAUCACAUCAUGGAUCUAUGCAUCGAGUGCCAGGCUAAUCAGGCCAGCGCGACCAGCGAGGAGUGCACCGUCGCUUGGGGUGUGUGCAAUCAUGCCUUUCACUUCCAUUGUAUCAGUCGAUGGCUGAAAACUCGCCAAGUUUGUCCACUGGACAAUAGUGAAUGGGAGUUCCAGAAAUAUGGGCACUGAAAGGUUGAUGAACCACCCAUAAGCAUCAAGCAUGCCAAACAAAGUGUGAAUCUAUCUUCUUCCUGCCUUUGCCCAAUUGUCCCAUGCUUGUAUGCGGUCAGUCUUAUCUGCGUUAUGAAUGAGGCGUCUGAUCCUAGUAGGACAUCUCUUAUUUCAUCGCUCUCUUUAACUUAUUAAGAUAUAUUGUAAAGUUGAUUCUUGUCAUCUUUUUUUAGCUUGGAUGGAAAAAAUAUAUUGAGUGACAGUAAUA